UUCUGUACCGCUUUCGAAUCCAAUACCAAGAAUGGCAGAUGAGCAGUUUUUAGAGAAAGUCUUCACAGCCACGUCUACCGAUGAGUCGCGCAAAUUAUACGACCAAUGGGCUUCAAGCUAUGAUUCCGACAUGGCAAUUCAUGAAUUUACCGCGCCGCAGAUGGUAGCUGAACGCGUUUCCAAAUACCUCGAAAACUCAAAACCAUCCAAAACGCAAAUCGUCGAUGCCGGUUGCGGAAGUGGUGCUGUGGGCGUUGAAUUGAGUAAGCUUGGGUAUUUAGCUAUCGAUGGUCUCGACAUAAGCCAAGGCAUGCUGGACGUAGCUCGGAAGCUGGAUGUGUACCGCGAGCUCAACAUUGCGGACCUUACUAAAAGGUUGGACGUAGAGGAUGGAGCUUAUGAUGCGCUGGUGUGCUGUGGAACGUUUACGCAUGGCCAUCUUGGCCAUGGACCCUUGGAGGACUUUGUGAGAGUGGUGCAGUCACGCCGUACAAUUUGUAGGCACGUGCUGUCUAUAAUAACAUAUUAG